AUGGAAGAAAGCAGAUUGAAAAUCUACUUCACAGCUCCGAAUUGUAAGGCUUUAGAACUUGAAAUUUCACCCUUUUCUUACCUGACCUUGGCAAGAAAGCACUGCAAAAAACAGAGAGCUAAGGAUACCUACGGCUCUGCGUUCUGCAUGAAGUCCAUGCAGGUUCGGCAACUACAGUCAACGAACCUGCACUUGAGACACCCGAAACAGACACAAGAAGUGCAACCAACACAUGUAGAUGAGCGAGGACAGCCUCUGCGGCUUUUACGGCUGACGAAACCUGCGCUCUCUUUUGCAUUUGCAGCAUCGGAUGAACUCGUCACGAUGAAAAAUUCUCCUCAUCGACCCACUUGCCCCAUUCGUUGCAUGCUUAUAAUAUUUGAGCAGUUUAGUCCUCCACAAUGGCACUUUCUUGUCAUUAACAAGCACCCAGAUAUGGCUUGGCCAGUUGCUCGUGCCUUCCCUGCUGCAGUGCUUCUCAAACUCAUAGGGAGUUAA